UCCAAAUUUUUUUAUAUAAAAAUUAGCUCAAUGCAAGAUAUGAAUCUUACUUAUUUUGAUGCGCACAUUAUUAGCGACUUACAAAAAUACGAUCACAUUUAUAUUUUUAUUUAAAUACAAGAUACAUGAGAAGUCAGUCCAAUAAGAGAUGCGAAUAUCGCUUAUCUGGAGGCUUCAAGCAUCACUUUUGAUGGUCCCACUGUUUGGUUUGCGAGGACAUGAUCAUAUUUGUUUCUUUUAUUUAAAGACAACUUGUUAUUAACUGAAAAUUGAUUUGAUUGAUUUGCAUUAACGCAUAUCUUUAUAUGAUCCCACACAAUGUCCAAACUUCCCGUUGUAGUAAGCUGUUGCUUUGGAAUUUUGACUCUAAAUUUCGUUCCUUUUGACCACCCCUCUCCUCCAACCAAAGAAAGUUGGUGUCUUUUGUCUUGUUUCUCUCACAAAUUCUAGUCAAACAUUUGGAUCCUUUCCUUUAGUUGAUUCUUGGGAAUAUUACCCUCCCUCUCAAAAAAAAAAAAAAAAGGGGUCCUGUUCUUUAUUGUUUCCAAUUUUAUAAAACAGAUCUCUUUCUUUCCAAACCUCCAUGUUUGCAGAGAAGAACACCCACAAGAGACAGCAUUCACAGAAACAUAGGUGAAAUCUGCUAAGGUAAUUAGAAACGUUGUCGUUUGUAUUGUUAUGUCCGGGGCAGCAGUGCAGGGGGUGGAGCAUGUAGGCUUGCCAAGAAUGGAGGCAAAAUCCAUACCCGGAUGUAGCAACCCUAUCAAAAAACCCGGACCUGUCUCAAUGGAUCAUGUUCUCUUGGCAUUACACGAGACCAAGGAAGAAAGGGAUUCGAGGAUUCGGAGUUUGUUCAGUUUUUUUGAUGCAGCCGAUGUGGGAUUUUUGGAUUAUGCUCAGAUCGAAAAGGGCCUCUCUGCUUUGCAGAUUCCGUCCGAGUAUAAGUACGCCAACGAUCUAUUGAGAGUUUGUGAUGCAAACAGAGAUGGGCGCGUGGAUUAUCAAGAGUUUAAGAGGUAUAUGGAUGAUAAGGAGCUUGAGCUUUAUAGGAUUUUUCAAGCUAUUGAUGUGGAACAUAAUGGGUGCAUUUUGCCUGAGGAGCUUUGGGAUGCACUUGUUAAGGCUGGGAUUCAAAUUGAUGAUGAGGAACUUGCACGAUUUGUAGAGCAUGUUGAUAAGGACAACAAUGGAAUUAUAACAUUUGAAGAAUGGAGAGAUUUCCUUCUACUCUAUCCUCAUGAAGCUACUAUUGAGAACAUCUAUCACCAUUGGGAAAGGGUUUGCCUUGUAGAUAUUGGAGAACAUGCUGUUAUUCCUGAAGGCAUCAAUAAACAUGUUAAAAGAAGCAAAUAUUUUAUUGCAGGAGGAAUAGCAGGAGCAGCUUCUCGCACUGCAACUGCCCCUCUCGAUCUCCUGAAGGUGGUUUUGCAAGUGCAGACUACACGUGCUUGUAUUCUGCCAACCGUAAAGAAGAUAUGGAAGGAAAAUGGUUUUUUGGGGUUCUUCCGAGGAAAUGGGUUAAAUGUUGUGAAGGUAGCACCUGAAAGUGCUAUCAAGUUCUAUGCAUAUGAAAUGUUAAAGAAUGUAAUAGGAGACAGUAUGGGGGACAAUAAGGGUGAUAUAGGUGCCGGUGGGAGAUUUAUUGCUGGUGGCGUAGCAGGUGCAGUGGCACAAUCUGCUAUCUACCCAAUGGAUCUUGUAAAAACUCGGUUACAGACUUAUGCUUCUGAAGGUGGAAGGGCUCCAAAGCUGGGGAAACUAACCAAGGAUAUAUGGGUUCGGGAGGGACCUCGAGCAUUUUAUAAGGGUCUUGUGCCAUCUCUUCUUGGGAUUAUCCCAUAUAAUGGCAUUGACCUUGCUGUCUAUGACACCUUGAAAGAUUUUUCAAGGACGUAUAUUCUUCAAGAUAGUGAACCUGGUCCUCUUGUACAAUUAGGUUGUGGAACAAUUUCUGGAGCUCUAGGAGCAACCUGUGCUUAUCCUUUGCAGGUUAUUAGAACGAGACUGCAAGCUCAAUGUAGUACCUCUGAAGCUGCGUAUAAGGGAAUGUCCGAUGUAUUUUGGAGAACCUUUCAGAAUGAAGGUUAUAGAGGUUUCUACAAAGGACUCUUUCCUAAUCUUCUCAAGGUUGUCCCAGCUGCAAGCAUUACAUAUUUGGUUUAUGAGGCUAUGAAAAAGAGUCUAGAGCUUGCCUAGAGAAGUUCUGCAGUCAGGCCUGGUGGCCUUAUAUUUAUUGCAGAAGGGAAAGUAGAGUUGAUAACGUAUACAACGAUAAUAAGAUAACUAAACACAUAAGAUGAUUAUAUGAGCUAUAUGAUAGGUGAUAAUUCCCCUUCAGAGAAUGGGGUGCAUAAUUUUGCAGUUUAACAAAAUUUCCCCAGGCUUAUCUCAACUAAAUGUCAAGAAUCGGGUAUAUAUGCAGUAUGAUGUCUGACUUCGAAGUUGAUAGGUAUAUGAUACUAUCCAUUUUUUCUUCCUUUGCCUCUCUCUCGCUUUUGUUCAUAUUGUGUUUGAGUCAGAUGCAAGAGAUGAUGGACCCCUCAUAGAUGUUGAUUUGUUGAAGUUAUAGGUUAGAAGAACAAUUGAUCUGCAUCUAACAUAUACAUUAUUUUGUGGUGAAAAUGGUUAGUAACUGAGCUCUAAGUAAAUGGUUCUUUGUUAAGAACAAAGCAUUUUUUAAUGGGAUUGUUGAUAAUAUAACUGUUAUUAUACCAGUUUUUGAUAGAAUUACAUUUCAUGGUUAGAUUGCUACUUGAACAAAGCUAUCCUGAGCUUUGUAAGAUUCUAUUGAUUGUUUGAAAGUGUCAAAUACAAGUUGCCCACAUGGAAGGGAGAUAUGCCCUUUUCUUUUCAAAUCUAGGGGUACAAACGCUUUGCACCAUCCACUUGUUAGCUCUACCCCAUUUGAAAAUGGAGAGCUGUGGGAAUCUGUCAAUUGGCAGUGGUUCUAUUCCAAAUUUCAAUAUUGAAUCAAUGACCAAAUCAAUUGAUUCAUACAACUAUCGUUGAGAGAUGACAUGUAACAGAUUUGAUAUUCAAAGUAAAGCAUUUGCAAUUUUUUCUUAUUUUUGGUACAAGAUUUCUUUCGUAUAAAAAAAUAAAACUUAAUAUCUACUAUCGUGCUAGGUUGACCUGCAAAAGAAUAAUGUAGCAUGGAAUGAGUCAAUUAACUAAGUUAAUCCUUUUAUUCUCAAAAGAUUUGAAGGCUACAGAUCCAACAAGUUGACACAAAAUACUUCAACAAGAGAGACAGAUUUAUGUUGCUUAAGCUUUAAUUAUUCGCGCGCAAGAGUCAACGGAGUAAUGAACAAGGAUGUAGGGCAAUUAGCUCUAUAUAAAUCCACAGGAGGUUCAUGUUUUUGUCUAAGCAACUAAGCAUACAUAUGCAGGAAUUUGUCUGAGUAACUUUUGAAGAAAUUGGCGAAAGUUCCAGUUUCCCUCAAAGGCUUCCAAUAUUCCCUCGUUGGAGCUUGCGAGGGAGACUGAAGGCUUGCUCCUCAUAAAUUGCACCAUGUAUAUUUGAUCAUUCAGCUGCAUAGAUGAAUGGAGGCAAUGCUUUUCCUUCCUCUCCUGUCAUCAUCCUGUCUGCAGGUAAUUUAUCUGUUCAAGAAUAGAGUUCCUAAUGUAAAGAAAAUCCAAACAAGUAUAAUUUACUGCAAAAUAUGUAGGCUGUCACAAAAGGUUAGAGGGAGUUUGCAUAUUUGAAGUACUCAUGGUGAAGACUGCAGACCCCGGACCCCAAAUUCCAAAUACAAUCACCCACAAAAGUGGAAUACGUGUGCAAAACCAUGAAUCUGUCAUUAUAUGUGGUUGAUCUUUCCUGGAAUUAUUACUUACCAAACAAACAUGGAAAAUAACCUGGAAAGUUUCGGAGCCACACCAUGGAGCAUAACCCAACUUCAACAGGAGUUACAGUACUUUAAGGGGUUCGACGUGUCUGGCUGGAGAAUUGUUCUUGGGGACCCCUGGAACGGAGUUUCUUGCAUCCCUUGAUAUGGUUAAAGGCCAUUUUACUAGUUUAUGUGGCAUAUUGCUGCUCAUUAAUGUCUUGAAUAUUUCAUGAUGCCGAUAAGCUUCCCUGCUGUGUUAUUUGGAGUAUAAUAUUUUUCAGAAAAAUCUUAGGGCAACAAGAGCAAGAUCUCUGAAACUUACAUUGAGAUUUGAGUGUUUCUUGUCUUUUCGUGUUUAGAACUUUUGAUUGAAUCCAAGUGAUUAGGCUCUAACCCCAUAGUCUACUACCUUGCGUAUUAAACCAAACACAAGAAGGGGGAAAAUCCCACAGCUAUUUCUCAUCACCUGCCUUUUUAUGUCCUUGUGUUUGCAAGUUAGAAGAAACCAGGGAGCCAACAGUCUCUAACUCUCCCCCUCAAUGGCUCUUCUCAUAUCGAAAUCCUUAUUUUCUUUUACCAGGAGGAACCGUUGAGGUGGUGACAUCGUUAAAGAAUGUUGGCUCUCAGU